GUAACAGUAGGAUAUUCGUACAGAUAAUGUGAAAUGAAUGAAUGGCCUUCUAAGAAAGUUAGCGCGGAGAGUGGUGCAGAAAAGCAAUAUUCUAUCUAUAUCUUGUUUGGUAGUUUGCCACGUUUUCAUUUUGAUCUUGGCGCCACUGCCACAUAACAGAAAAGGAGAAGCCUCUGCUAGAAUGGCUCUGAAAGUUGUAAAUCUAGGGUUCCAUUCAUUGUCAUUCGUUCCUUCUCCGAAGCCCUUGAAAGAUCGCUUGGUGCUUCGAUCUUCUAAAGUGGAACAAAUAUCGUUCACUGAAUCUGAGAACUCACUCAUCGAAUCCAUUCUUGGCGUUCAAGGACGUGGACGCUCUUCUUCUCCUCAGCAGCUCAAUGCUAUUGAGCGCGCUGUUCAAGUCCUCGAACGUUUAGGAGGUGUACCUGAUCCGACAAAAUCAAAUUUGAUCGAGGGUCGCUGGCAGCUAAUUUUCACCACUAGACCCGGAACAGCAUCGCCAAUUCAGAGAACCUUUGUUGGGGUUGACUUUUUUAGUGUAUUUCAAGAGGUUUAUCUUCGAACAAAUGACCCACGCGUAUGCAAUAUUGUGUCAUUUUCUGAUGCUAUUGGUGAGCUCAAAGUGGAGGCAGCAGCAUCAAUUGAAGAUGGAAAAAGAAUCCUUUUUAGGUUUGACAGAGCUGCCUUUUCUUUUAAAUUUCUUCCAUUUAAAGUUCCGUAUCCAGUUCCAUUUAAGCUACUUGGAGAUGAAGCAAAGGGUUGGUUAGACACCACAUAUUUGUCAAAUUCGGGUAACCUUCGUAUCUCAAGAGGAAAUAAGGGAACCACAUUUGUGUUACAGAAGCAAACUGAACCUAGGCAAAGGUUACUGACAGCUAUUUCCUCGGGGAUUGGUGUUAAAGAGGCAAUAGAUGAACUUAUUUCGUUAAAGCAGAAUACUGGUCAAGAACCAGAACUAGAAGAGGGUGAGUGGCAGAUGAUGUGGAAUUCACAGACCGUGACGGAUAGUUGGAUAGAGAAUGCUGUCAAUGGGCUGAUGGGCAAGCAGAUUAUCAGGAAGAAUGGAAGAAUAAAGUUUCUGGUUGAAAUCUUGCUUGGUCUCAAGUUCUCCAUGGAUGGAAAUUUCGUGAAAACCAGUUCCAGAGUGUAUGACGUUACGAUGGAUGAUGCAGCCAUAGUUGGUGGCCCAUUCGGAUAUCCCCUAGAACUGAAAAACAAGUUCAUAUUGGAGCUUCUGUACAGUGACGAGAAGCUCAGAGUUAGCCGGGUAUCCAAUAAUAUUAUUUUCGUACAUAUUCGUACGGAUGACUCGAGGUGAACUAAUGCUUUUGUUAAGAAUAGCAGAAAUCAUUUUGUAAGUGGGGAUUUGUGAUAUCAUCAAUUGUGUAUUAACUGUCCGACGUUGCAAACUAAAUAUAUCUAUAACAUGGAUCGAGUACUUGUUCAGCUUCGAUUUCAAGUCA